AUGGGCAAAGCGGAGAUCGCUAUGACUCCCCUACAGCAGUGGGGAGAAGAGGCUGAAGAUGAAGCCAUCUAUAGCAUCACCCUUGAGCGAGUGAAGGCAGAGCCUGCAGCCAGUGGAGCAUCUUCCUUGAAGGAGCAUCCAGAAACACCAGAAUGUCCUUUUGUCCAGUACCGUACUUGCAAGAGGCGCACAUUGCGGGCUGCCACCCUCCCCCAGCUGGUGAAAUGGCUGCUGACAGCAAAAAAGGAAGGUGACCUUGGCUACACCUCCAGCUUCCUGGCUACCUAUCAAGCCUUUGCUACUCUCAUGCAGGUGUUGGAGCUGCUGCUGCCUCUGGGACCAGAUAACUGAUCGCAUUUCUUUUCUGAUUGCAGGGCAGUACUCCAUGUGUUGGACCAGUGGCUGCAGCAUCACCCUGAGGAUUUCUGGGAACCUCCAGAGUAUCCUAAUCUGCACAAAAUUUUGUCUUUUCUCCAUCAAUCUGCUCCUAACUCCCCAGUGUGUGCUUUGGCAAAGGGAUUGCUACAAGGCCACAAAGAAAAGGAGGUAGAUGGAGACAACUCCCCAGGGAUGGGACCAUCACAGGUGAUCACAGAGGCAGCUGGGACAGAUGACUGUGAAGAGAUAUCAGCACUGAUGUCCUUCUCUGUGGAUGAAGUGGCCGAACAGCUGACACUGAUGGAUGCUAACCUCUUUAGAGCAGUGCUACCCUUCCAUUGCCUUGGCUGCAUUUGGUCCCAACGAGACAAAAAGAAGAAUCAGCACAUGGCUCCCAGUGUCCGUGCUACUGUGAUCCAGUUUAAUGCAGUCACCAGCUGUGUCAUCACAUCUGUGCUAGGGGAUCUGGCCAUGCACAUUCCCCAGCGUGCAAACCUGCUGGAGAAAUGGAUCCAAAUUGCUGGACGAUGCUGGGCCUUAAGGAAUUUCUCCUCACUGUACGCCAUCCUCUCUGCUCUCCAAUCCAACUCUAUUUACCGACUAAAGCGCACCUGGGCUGCAGUCAACAGAGAAACCAGGAGCUCCUUUCGAAAGCUCUCACAGAUCUUCUCUGAAGACCACAAUCACUUGAACUGCCGAGAAAUCUUGCUGCAGGAAGGAGAUACUCAGGGACCUUGUGAUGGAGGGAGAAAUCAUCAAAUACCUGUCAGGACUUCUCUGCAGGUGAGAUUUCAACUGGAGCAAAUGACUCCUACCAUCCCAUACCUUGGCACCUUUUUAACUGACCUGAUCAUGCUGGAUACAGCACUGCCAGAUUUUGUGGAGGGCCAGCUCAUUAACUUUGAGAAGAGGCGCAAGGAAGCAGCAAUCCUCUUCUCUAUCUGUCAUCUGCAACAGUCCUGUCAGGGAUACAACCUUUGCCUGAAUCCAUCCUUCCACUUGGCCUUCCACCACCAGCAGCAGCUUUCUGAAGACCAGAGCUACUGCAUUUCUUGUAUGAUAGAACCACCAGCUGACUCCUGUCCCAGCUCGCCAAAGCUGCAUCGUAGUCUGACCAAACGCUUCAGCUCACUCCUCUUGGGCUCAGAACCAUCUGCAACUCCUUCCGGAUCUGAAAAGACUGGAACUAUGCCACUGAGUUCCUCUAGUAGCCUGAACUCUGAAGAUGGAUCCAGUGUCCCUUGCUCCCCAACACGGGUAUCCCCUGGAGUCAAGGAUCCACCUGUAACUCAGUUGAAAACCUGCCCUCUGCGUGAGCAACCUGUGCCACCUUCCAUCUCUAAACAGGGAGAGACAGAAUCUCGCAUUGUCCGUGUCCAUAUGAACAAUAUCUGUGGAAAUGGAAACCUUUAUCGCAGCAUUCUGAUCACUAGCCAGGAUAAGACCACAGCUGUGAUACAGCGGGCCUUGCAGAAGCACAAAUUGGAAGAGGACUCACCAUGCAAUUACCAACUUCUGCAACUUCUGGGGGGUGGUCAAGAGUUGCUGGUUCCUGACAGUGCAAAUGUUUUCUAUGCCAUGAAUCCUGCUGGACCCCAUGACUUCUUCCUGCUCCAGAAAAAGGGAAUCACCAGGGAACCAUACUUGAAGACAAAGCCUGGGAGCAAAGCUGCUCUUCGCCGCAUCCCCUCUCUCAAAGAUUUUGGCACCCUUGCUGCCAGUUCAUGCACCUUCUUCUGUGCCACGGUCACCUUCUUAUGCUUCCAAGAGGACAUCAUUUUGGUCAGAAUCCCCACCAACAUCUCUUGUAGAAAUCCAGAGUGA